AAAACGGCUUCUGAAUUGAUGUUUCUCGGAUAAGUUAUACCUAUUCUCUCCACUUUUGGUAAAAUGCAAUGGACAUCAAAGUUGAGGCAAAGACAUCCUCUCAAAAUGGGGAGGAUAAGACAGCGCUGGGCUAACUUUUGAACGCCAUAUAUCGCCCUCUCCGUUCCAGUAUGAGGCUGUGGAGCAGAACGAGAGCUGGCCGGCGGAGGAUGCUCUGUCUCUGGCUGCUGCUCCUCGCCCUCGCCCUGGCUACGCUCGCAUUCUCGGAUCUGCUUUACCGGGACCAGAACCACCAGAAAGCCCCCGCGCCUCCACGCCGCCCCCUUCAGCGGGUCCCAAGCCCACUGGACCUGGAGGUCAUCGUGGAUUCCCGAGACCCGGCGCUGGAGCUCAGUAAUGGUCUCUCUCCACUCACCUCCCUCCAAGAAGACCAGCUUUUAUUCGUGCCAUCAACGCUGGGCGGUAAGAACCCUCCACAGAGGAAGGGGACUUACAAGUUGCUUCUGCCGGGAGCAAACAAGGAUAGCACCGUCCCGGCGCCCAUGACGCACGGUGAAAGUGGGAAAGCGGCGAAGCUGAAGUUGGAGGGCUUGGAGAGGGACGUGGAGCAGCCUGCGGUGCAGAAAUACGGUUUCAACGAGGUGGCCAGCGAGAGGAUUCCCCUCCAGCGCAGACUGCCGGAGGCGCGCCAUCCUGCGUGUUUGAAAGAGCGAUACAGUGACUCGCUGCCGUCCACCAGCAUCAUUAUCUGUUUCCAUGAUGAGGCUUGGUCCACGCUCCUGCGCACCGUGCACAGCGUGCUCGACACUGUACCCAAACAGUACCUGCGUGAGAUCCUGCUGGUGGACGACCUCAGCCAGCAUGGUCACCUCAAAAGUGUGCUGAGCGAGUACGUGGCUCACCUAGAAGGGGUGCGCUUGAUUCGCAGCACCAAGCGCCUGGGAGUUGGGGGGUGUCGCUCUCUGGGUGCUGCCAGGGCUGCAGGAGAGGUGCUGGUGUUCAUGGACUCGCACUGUGAGUGCCACAAGGGCUGGCUGGAGCCUCUGUUGGAGCGAGUGGCCCAGGACAGGACCAGAGUGGUGUCCCCCAUCAUGGAUGUGAUAGACUGGAAGAGCUUCCAGUACAAUGCCACCCAGUGGCCAGUCAGGGGAGUGUUUGACUGGAGGCUUGACUUCAGCUGGCAGUCCAGCCCUCAGCUUCAGAAGAACGAUCCAAGCUCAGCUGUACAGCCUGUCAGGAGCCCAGCCUUAGGCGGUGGAGUCCUGGUCAUCGACAGACAUUUCUUCCAGAGCGUGGGAGCCUAUGACCCAGGGAUGCUGCUGUGGGGGGCAGAGCAGAUCGAAUUGUCAAUCAGGGUGUGGUCAUGUGGAGGCUCCAUGGAGGUGGUUCCCUGCUCUCGUGCAGCCCAUCUUGACCGCCACCACCUGCCCUACCAGUUCCCCGACCAGGAGCUGCUCCAGAAGAACAAGAUUCGCAUUGCAGACACCUGGAUGGAUGCCUACAGGAAGAUCUACUACAGGAGAGACACGCUGGCUCACUUCAUCAGGCAGUCGGAGAGCCCCAACAUCACAGAGCGUCUGAAGCUGAAAAAGACCCUCGGCUGUAGGAACUUCCACUGGUUUCUGACUACAGUCUACCCAGAGCUCUACAUCCCUCAGGACAGACCUGGCCUAUCAGGAGAGCUGUACAAUGUCGGCACCAGCAGCUGUGCAGACUACCCCCGAGGGCAGGGAAUACAAGGCGGGGCCAUGAACAUAACACCGUGCAGUGGUACUGGCAACCAGCACUGUGAUCUGAACUCUGUGGGCGAGGUGCGGUGGGGACCCAUGGGGGCUCAGUGUUUUGAUGCCAAGGGAGACAGGGUGGUCCUCUCCCCCUGUCCUGCCCAGCACCAAACCAAUAGCAAGCUCCAGUGGAAGUACAUAAAGCUAAGCGGCCAGCUGGUUCACCUCCAGUCCCAGUUGUGUGUGGAGGCAGUGAAGGACGGAGGGCUCCCACACAGCGACACUGCUCAGGCCAAAGAAGUCAGCAUCCCUCCUAGUGAGAGAGGUCUCUUCCUACGGCCUUGCACCCAUCACCCCAGACAACAGUGGCACUUUGAGCAGCUAGUGGCUCCUAAAGGUGCCUGACACACAAAAUUAAAAAAAAAAAAAAAAAAAAAAAGCAGAGGGAUCGGUAGAUCUGUAAGAUGUGAAACCCAGGCACAUAUUAUCACAUAUGGGCUAAACAUAUAGAGACAUUUUCCCAUGGUGAAAUGUAUAUAAUUAGAAAUUUAUAUAAAAUAUAUAUACUAUAUAUAUAUAUGUACUUUUUUGCUCUA